GAGCGGUUGCUUCUUGAAUUAUUUUAGUAGAGUUCGGAUUGUUAACGUGGAUGACUGGAGUUCGUGCCAGCACUUUCCGGGCGAGGAAACCAAAGUGUCAUCGUAUGAAGAGUUCGAAUUUUAGGAUUCAAGUGUGUGAGAGCAGAGAGCCGAGUCAUAACUUCGAAGUUUUAUUUUUACGUUUUCUCGAUGUGUUUGGUUCUGGUUUUGGCUAUGUAUCAUUCAGGUGCAAGGAGUACCUGACACGGUACUGUGUGUCCUUGGAUUGUCUUCAGGCCAUUCUGUCCUUUCCUGGCGUUCAUUUUCUUGCCAGAGAUGUGUGUAGAGAAAGUGAAGCGGAGGCGUUUCCUGCCGACGUAGAGACUGAAGCCUGUUAAGUCAGGCGUUACGAAGUGGAUACUCUGGUGUCUUUUUGGCAGCAUUAGUACAGCUGUCUUCCUUCCUGGUUGUUUUAGUGAGCUUUUCUUUGGAAUCGAGCCUUUGCAUUUUCUUGGCCUUACCCCUUCCUCAUGGACAUAGAGUUUAUGAAAUUUUUGUUUGUCUUUAUUUUUAUUUUUGUACGCAGAAUUCACUUCAUUAGUUCUUGUUGUGCAGUGUUUGGUUAUCACGGCUUGCUCCGUGUAAUGAAUUACUUAUGCCUUGCCACUGUAUUUGGUGCUUUUUUGGAACGAGUUUUGGUUGCCAUUUUCUUGUAAUCUCAUUUUUGCUAUUUGUAUUCCAAUAUGCUACAAUAAACCAGGGUUUUGGAACACCGUCGUGAAGAAUUAUUAGUCUCCUUGAAUUGUAUUUUGGUUAGAGCUUCUCUAGGUGUCUAUCUUAAGUCUAUUUUGGAAUUUUAGUGUAGUGAAGUUGAGUAGUGUGUCAUUGGAUGAUAUUGAGCUAGCAAUUUAUCAUUUCGAGAGUUUAGGCGUUUUUUUAAUUAAAAAUCGAAAACCAGACGGUGGUGGAGAGUUUUGUAGAUUGGGCUUACCUUCUUGAUUAUUGCAAUUCUUGUAUCUAUCCUUAUGUUAUGUUGAUGCUGCGGUUACGCCUUUCUAAUAAAAUGUGUUCUCCAUGAGCAGUUGAAGGUACCAUACCUUAUGGGGUGGCAAGAACUUAUUAGACGCUGAUGAUAUUGGAGAUACAUUGUAGGUCCUCCGACGUAUCUUGACAAUUCGCUGUACUUAAAAAUGUACAACUGAUAUAGUCAUCGCCAUAAAGGAGUGGCUGUGAUUGAGAAAGCAGGGAAGCGUAUCAUGGCAUUACCAUAUCCAGGAACAGUUGAUAGGAUGAUAUCCUUUGUUCAACAACACAACUUUGUAGCCGAUUAUAUAUGUGGUCCUACAGUGAUGCUAAGGCGGAAUUGUCAGACAGCGGUCUUCUUUGUGCGGAAGUUGGCAAGCCGGACUUUGUUCCUACACACUAUUUUCUGGACAUUGGUGCUUGCAGCAACUGUGACUGUAGCUGCACUCAGCCUGGAGAUGGGUUUUAGUAAUGCCAUUUCUCCUCAUAUUGAGAUAGCCGAGGCGUGCUCGUUACAAAGUAACAAAGCUUCGCCAUCUUGUCGACAAUGUUUUCGAUUGCCACUUGAUGGUCCUCGGGAUGGUCUUUGUGUUCCUGCUAACAUGUUCAGAAAAUCAGGAAUGGAUUUCGCAGUGCCACCCAUUUUUGCCGCCCUUGUAGUAACAGGAUCUGCCUUGUUCGUUCAAAAUCUGGGCCUCUGGAGUUAUUAGCUCCUCUGCUUCGAAAUGCAUCGUGUACACGAAGAGAUGCUUUUUGACAAGACAACGUCUUUACUUCUGUAUAUAUCAUCCUCGCCGUCCCAUAGCAGUUGAGUGAUGAUAAUUAAAUUACACCCUGUUGGAUACCACCUGGCGAGGAGGCUGCUCGCCAAUUGGCUCGACUCUAGGAACUUUUGUUGCAGAUAGUGUUCUCUCUUCUACGAAGUAUACUUAAUAAUAUAAAUGUUAUGGAGGUGAUGGUUGGCUUCAGAAGACAAAGUGCGUGCAUUUGGUUGAAGGCACGAGCUUCAAAUAUCCUUGCCUAAUUGAGUGGCGGGUAUGAAGAUAUACCUCAUAUUGUCUUGUGUUUUUUUCGGAAUCUUUCCAUUUUAUGUUAAUGCUUAGUUAUUAGAAUCCCCGAUGCUAAGACAUUAUGACACAGAAGAUGUGAGCCAUCUCACGUCAACAUGACGGUACCAGCCUUCGAUGCCGGUAGUUCUUGUUUUUAAUAUUGUAACUAUGUGAGUUCGCUAGUAUUUAGCGUAUGUCUCUCUGCAGUGUCAUAUCAAAGUUGUACUUCAGUGGAUCCUUUACCUCCAUAACAUCAUCUUCACAAAUCAUUUAAACAAUUAAAAUAUCAUUGUCCUAUCUAUAACUAUACA